CCCAGCCCAGCCCAGCCCAGCCCCCAGCCCAGCACAGCCCAGCCCAGCCCAGCCCAGCCCAGCCCAGCCCGGCCCAGCCCAGACACUGCCCAGCCCAGCCCAGCCCAGCCCAGCCAGCCCAGCCCAGCCCAGCCCAGCACAGCCCAGCCCAGCAGCCCAGCCCAGCCCAGCACAGCCCAG